UGGUACUGCACAUAACAAAGAAUUAACAUGAAAGUACUGUAGAGUUAGCUGGCAUUAAUAUUUAUUUAUUUGGUUUUACAACAUGCUGUCCUGGAUCAUUGCUGCCGUCGUCCGGCCUGUUGUUCUGCACGCGCUAACACACUCUUUAUAGUUUGUUUACAUUUGCAUGAACAUUUUUAUUGUUCAUGUUUACGGCUUUUGACAAACCCAGGGGAACUGUUUUCAAUUUGGCUGAUAAAAGAACACACUUUGAAUGGAAUUAGGAGGUUUGUAGGGAAGGUGGUGGAUGAGCAGAGCUUUCCUGUCAGGGUAGCUGACUGUAGUAACAUCAAUCUGACACAAGAGAAACAGCAUAAGAAGGGGAGAAACCUGAUGAAUUUACAGUAUUUGAUGAAUGUACGCUGGUGUUCUUAGACAUCAGCUAAUCCUGAUAUUCACUUAUAAGGGUUUGCCAUGAUUAAACCAUGAAUCAACCAAUGUGAGAAUAUUUUAGGGUGUUUUACAGCUUGGGGGAAAAGCGAGUGGGGUCUCUGGAGGCUGAGUCCAACUGUAUAAGUAGUGGAUAAGUAGUGGAUAAGUGGAUACUAGAUAAAUAGUACCAAAUGGGUAAGUAGAUAUAACCAGUUCAGAGUGUUAGCUAGUAUAUAAAUGUCUUUACUUUUCUCUGUUCUCCUUUAUGGCCAGAGUGGAUAAAUGGGGAAAUGGCUUUGCUGCCAGGAAUCACACAGAGGAUUUGAAACUUCUAAGUGUCAAACUUUGCGAUCUGACAGCGAGAAAACACAGGAAGUGCUGAGACAUUAACACACACCACUGCUCUGUCAGUCAGUCAGUCGUUAGAGAGACAGGAUGGAGUUCAGUCCACUCGCUGUGAUGCUCUUGCUGAUUUCACUUAUACCAGUGGCCCAUGCUCAAGGGAGGCCUAAAGCUGUGGUGUCCAUAGCGCCUGAUACACAUGUGUUCACUGGAGAGACAGUUACUCUCAGAUGUGACAUACAGGGAGGAGGAGACACUCAGUGGACAUACAGCUGGGAUAAGAAUAACAGACUCACAGACAUCACAGUGCAGGAGUUCAAAAUCCGGUCUGUUCUAUACGGUCACCAUGGUGACUACACCUGCAGAGGACAGAGCAGUGACUCUCAGAGCUCAGAGAUCAGUGAUGCUGUUACACUGACUGUAUCAGAAAAACCCACACCGACUGUGAGAGUGAAUCCUCAGAGCUCCGUCUACACUGGAGACACCAUCACUCUGACCUGUGAGCUGCAGUCGACUGGAUGGGAGAUUCAAUGGUACAAAAAUAAUCAGUCGUUACAUCCUUUGAGCACUGAAGAAACAGACACACUCAAAGUGACAGACGAUAAUGAUGGAGAAACAGUGUACCAGUGUCGAGCACGCAGGAGAAACUACAAGGGAGGGUACCACUCCUACUACUGCACAGAGUUCAGUGAUCCUGUCAAUAUUACAGUGAGAGAGAGACCAGGGGCAGUACUGAGUGUAUCUCCACAGAGCUGGCUGACUGAAGGAGACUCAGUGACACUAAGCUGUGAGAUUACAGACUCCUCUACAGACUGGACAUUCAGCUGGUACACAACUGUUCCCUACAGAGACGGCUUAACUCAAAUAAAACAUAAUCAUGGCUAUAUCAUGUAUGUGGAGCUCCUCUCAGACAGCAGCAGAGGAUCUGGAGGCAAAUACACUCUCAGUCCUGCUGCUCUUAAUCACACAGGAGUUUAUAUGUGCAGAGGAGAGAGAGGAGAACCAGCCUUUCACACACAGUACAGCAAUCCACAGACACUAUGGAUCACUGGUGAAUCUCCUCCAGUCUCUCUGAUCAUCAAUCCCAGCAAAACCCAACACUUUACUAAAGACUCUCUCUCACAGAGCUGUGAGGACCAGAUUAACUCUACUGGAUGGAGAGUGAGACGAUACACACACAGUGAGAGAGUGUUAGAUUGUUCAAGGGGAUCAGUUACAGGAUCUACAUGUAAAAUCAGCUUCCUCUCCACAUCCUACACUGGAGUUUACUGGUGUGAGUCUGAAUCUGGAGAAAACAGUAAUCCUGUCAACAUCACAGUGCAUGAUGGGGAUGUGAUCCUGGAGAGUCCUGUCCAUCCUGUGACUGAGGGACAUCCUCUGACUCUACGCUGUUUAUAUCGAUACCCAAAUUCCUCAAACCUCCGAGCUGAUUUCUAUAAAGAUGGAUCAGUUCUCCAGACUCAGACUACAGGAGAGAUGAUCAUCCGAACUGUCUCAAAGUCAAAUGAAGGUUUCUACCACUGUAAACACCCAGAGAGAGGAGAGUCACCGAAAAGCUGGGUCUCAGUCAGAGGUGUAGAAGCUCCAUUCUCAGUGCUCAUGCUGAUCAGUAGUGUAGUGACGGCCUCUCCGUAUCUGCUGGUGACCAUCAUUCUGCUGGUCAAAUGUUACAGAGCUCGAGGUAAGAACUCUUUCAGUACGUUUCACAUAAUGAACAAACUAACUUUAAUUACUGCCAGAAAAAUAUUUUCACUUAAAGAAAAUUUCAGAUAUGUUCACUUUGAGAGCGCAGAGGCUGCCGAGGCUGCCAUCAAGAGGCUGAAUGGCAUGCUGUUCAAUGACCGCAAGUCAUCUUCUGUUCCCUUUUUAGUGCUGAUUUCACUUAUACCAGUGGCCCAUGCUCAAGGGAGGCGUAAAGCUGUGGUGUCCAUAACGCCUGAUACACAUGUGUUCACUGGAGAGACAGUUACUCUCAGAUGUGACGUACAGGGAGGAGGAGACACUCAGUGGACAUACAGCUGGUAUAAAAAUAACAGACUCACAGACAGCACAGUGCAGGAGUUCAGAAUGCGGUCUGUUCUAUACUUUCACCAUGGUGACUUCACCUGCAGAGGACAGAGCAGUGACUCUCAGAGCUCAGAGAUCAGUGAUGCUGUUACACUGACUGUAUCAGAAAAACCCACACCGACUGUGAGAGUGAAUCCUCAGAGCUCCGUCUACACUGGAGACACCAUCACUCUGACCUGUGAGCUGCAGUCGACUGGAUGGGAGAUUCAAUGGUACAAAAAUAAUCAGUCGUUACAUCCUUUGAGCACUGAAGAAACAGACACACUCAAAGUGACAGACGAUAAUGAUGGAGAAACAGUGUACCAGUGUCGAGCACGCAGGAGAAACUACAAGGGAGGGUACCACUCCUACUACUGCACAGAGUUCAGUGAUCCUGUCAAUAUUACAGUGAGAGAGAGACCAGGGGCAGUACUGAGUGUAUCUCCACAGAGCUGGCUGACUGAAGGAGACUCAGUGACACUAAGCUGUGAGAUUACAGACUCCUCUACAGACUGGACAUUCAGCUGGUACACAACUGUUCCCUACAGAGACGGCUUAACUCAAAUAAAACAUAAUCAUGGCUAUAUCAUGUAUGUGGAGCUCCUCUCAGACAGCAGCAGAGGAUCUGGAGGCAAAUACACUCUCAGUCCUGCUGCUCUUAAUCACACAGGAGUUUAUAUGUGCAGAGGAGAGAGAGGAGAACCAGCCUUUCACACACAGUACAGCAAUCCACAGACACUAUGGAUCACUGGUGAAUCUCCUCCAGUCUCUCUGAUCAUCAAUCCCAGCAAAACCCAACACUUUACUAAAGACUCUCUCUCACAGAGCUGUGAGGACCAGAUUAACUCUACUGGAUGGAGAGUGAGACGAUACACACACAGUGAGAGAGUGUUAGAUUGUUCAAGGGGAUCAGUUACAGGAUCUACAUGUAAAAUCAGCUUCCUCUCCACAUCCUACACUGGAGUUUACUGGUGUGAGUCUGAAUCUGGAGAAAACAGUAAUCCUGUCAACAUCACAGUGCAUGAUGGGGAUGUGAUCCUGGAGAGUCCUGUCCAUCCUGUGACUGAGGGACAUCCUCUGACUCUACGCUGUUUAUAUCGAUACCCAAAUUCCUCAAACCUCCGAGCUGAUUUCUAUAAAGAUGGAUCAGUUCUCCAGACUCAGACUACAGGAGAGAUGAUCAUCCGAACUGUCUCAAAGUCAAAUGAAGGUUUCUACCACUGUAAACACCCAGAGAGAGGAGAGUCACCGAAAAGCUGGGUCUCAGUCAGAGGUGUAGAAGCUCCAUUCUCAGUGCUCAUGCUGAUCAGUAGUGUAGUGACGGCCUCUCCGUAUCUGCUGGUGACCAUCAUUCUGCUGGUCAAAUGUUACAGAGCUCGAGCUCACACUGGUGAAUACAGAAUCCAGAACGCAGUCAUAGAGGACUCAGCAAAGUUCAUCUAUAAAAAGAGGAUCCGUUUAAUGUAGAAAUCAUUUCAUAAUUCCUUUAGAGUCAUUUUGUGGAUUGUAAAUAAUACUGAUCUGUCGCUUUAACAUCAUGCUGUUUGUAGCUCAGCAUCUUACACGCACUCGUCUUUCUGACUGGAUUUGUUUAGCUGAAGCCUGCAAACCUGCAAAAAAAAAUCUUUACCAAGACAAUGUGUACUUUAUUUCUCGCCAAGAAAAAUGAUGAAGAUGUGAGAAAUGUGAACAAAAAUACACUGUUAAUGUUAAGCUGUGUACAUUUUUUAAGUAAACUACUCUGGUUAAUGACGUCAGUAUGUGUUGAGGGACACGGUGGAUAGAUUAGGUAGAUAAGUUAGAUAACCAUCUGUUAACUUAGCUAGUGAUGGAAAGUGCUCUUUCAGCUCUUCUGCUGGUGAUUGAGUACGCUAGUCAUACUUAUCAUUAGUUACUAGGGGUGUAACGAUAUGCUCCGGUCACGAUUCGAUUCAAUUUACAAUACUGACUUCAGGAUUUCGAUUCGAUUCGAUUUUUGUCUGUAUAAAAGUAAAUAAAUUAAAAAUGCCUGUGAACAGAGGUUUAAUAUUGUUCAGAAAAUGUACUACAGGUUCACUAUAUCUUAAACAUAAAUUAAUAAAUGUAUAAAAUCUUCCCAAGAUUUUGACUGAAUAAACAAAGUGUCUGACCCGGGGAAAAUGUUAAUAUCAUAUCGAAUAUCAUAUUGCUCUAAUAACAGAGAAUAUCAGGUUUAGAGACCAAAAUGAACUUCAUUUUCCAGGCUUUUGGGGUCAGGUCCACCAUUACCUGUUUUGAGGGGGAAAAGUCAUAAUAUAUGAUAUUACUAGAAUAAAGUCUGAAUUUUUCAAGAAAAAAAUAAUAAUAUGACAUAAUGGUGCGUAUCACAGCAACAAAACUAGCCUAAAGAAAGAUGUUACUUUACAAAUAAAGAAAUACUUCAUCUUCUGCCGCAUCCGCACCAGAUAAUUAUUAGUAUUAUAACUUUAAAACUCACACAGUGUGGUAAGGAAAAUGAUUAGAGGAAAUGAAAUGAAGACUCAGGAGAGCGCGACCUCUGGUGGUCAGUCGUAGCACUGCAGGGAGCGAGAGUGACAUCAUUGCGUGAGACAAGCUCCGCCCACUAGUCCCUUAUUUACAUAUCCAAUGCACACAGCACUCUAACUUUCCCUCAUAGCUAAUCUAAUUUAUAUGAAACACACCCUCAUUUAUAAAGCUGUAAAAUCUGAGUUAGAGAUUUUUCUCAAGUGUCUGCAAAAAAUAAUAGUUUAUAAUAAUAAAAUAAUAUUAACUGUACAUUAAAGGCUAUCAAUAAUUUUUAUAUUUGACAAUUUUAUAUUUAUUUUGUGCUUACGGAUGUGGAAGCUAACUGCACAGGCUGAAAAAAAUAUAUAUA